AUGUCGACUCAACCUCUUCUUCCUAAACGAAUAGCUCUUCCUGUUAGGGUUGAACCUAAAGUUUUCUUUGCGAACGAGCGAACGUUCCUUUCAUGGCUACAAUUUACUGUUGUCUUAGGCGGCCUUGCAAUUGGAUUGCUCAACUUUGGAGAUAAAGUUGGAAGAAUAUCCGCUGCGUUAUUUACUGCUGUUGCUAUGCUUAUCAUGAUGUACGCGUUAUUUAUAUAUCAUUGGAGAGCUGCUAAAAUAAGAAGGAAGGAACAUGGUCCUUACGAUGAUAGAUACGGUCCUACAUUUCUUUGCCUUUUUCUUGUUGAUCCUGUUACGUUAACAGUGACAACAGACACUUCGCCCACAACUGCAAAUCCAUCUGAAAAUAUUCAAUUAAUCGAAGAAUUGAAAAAGCCAAGAAGGGUGUUAAAAACCCAUAAUAAAUUUCACGAACCUGAACGUUUAGUACCUCCAUCUGAACAUGAGCCAACAUCGACUCUUUAUAUUAAAAAUUUCGUUCGUCCAUUAACUUUUCAAAUGGUUCGAGAAUUAUUACAACAAUUCGGAGAGAUUGAAUAUUUCUGGAUGGAUAAAAUCAAGUCUUAUUGUUACGUACAGGCAUGUGCCAUUUUACAAGGUUUAUUUUACAAAGCUUUAGCAUCAGCAAUUAAUGCGCGACAAUCACUCUGGCAUGUUACUUUUCCUGCUGAAACGGGGCGACCUCUUGAACUAGAAUACUUAACUCCAGAAAGGGCAAGGGAAUUAAUCGCGGAUGCUGAAGCAAAAAUACUUCAAUCUACUAGCCAUAAUACACGACCAAAUGGAAAAAAUAAUACAACCACUACAUCAAAUGUGCGACAAAAUGUAAAUCGUGUUGCGCCUGAACUUCUUUUUCCUCGUACAAACGCAAAACCUCCUUUAUUCUACAAAACUGUAUCACAGGAGGAUGCUGAAGCAAGGAUACAAAUUAUGGAAAGAAGAAGGGGGAGGAAUAGGACAUAG